AUGGCUACGCAAUCAAACCUGAUUAUGGUGAGCAAUCGAUUGCCUAUAUCACUAAAGAAAAAAGACAAUGGUGAAUACUCCUACAACAUGUCCUCCGGGGGGCUGGUCAGUGGCCUGUCUGGGAUGACCAAAGACACAACUUUCCACUGGUUUGGCUGGCCAGGAUUAGAGGUCCCAGAGGGAGAUGUAGAUAAGGUCACGAAAGAGCUGGAAGAAAAAUAUCAAGCGGUACCUAUUUGGAUUCCUGAUGAGAUGGCCGAUCGACAUUAUAACGGAUUUUCAAACUCCAUUCUUUGGCCAUUGUUCCACUACCAUCCCGGCGAAAUCAGCUUCGAUGAGAAUGCGUGGGUCGCUUAUAGAGAUGCGAAUAGACUAUUUGCCAAGGCUGUCGCCAAGUCUGUUAAGGAUGGCGACCUAGUAUGGGUCCACGAUUAUCAUUUGAUGCUGCUCCCUGCUAUGCUAAGGGAGGAGAUCGGGACGUCGGUCAAGAAUGUGAAGAUUGGCUUUUUCCUGCAUACACCAUUCCCAAGCAGUGAAAUAUAUAGAAUUUUGCCAGUCAGGGAGGAAAUUCUUGAAGGAGUUUUGCAUUGCGAUUUGCUAGGUUUUCAUACUUUUGACUACGCCAGACACUUCCUAUCAUCCUGCUCUCGUAUAUUAGGGUUGACAACCACUCCAAACGGGGUAGAAUUCAAAGGGAAACUACGAACCGUAGGCGCCUUCCCCAUUGGCAUAGAUCCCGACAAGUUCACUGAAGGCUUGCAAAAACAAUCAGUCCAAGAUAGAAUUGCUCAACUCGAAAAAAAAUUCCAGGGUGUAAAACUUAUCGUGGGCGUCGAUAGGUUAGAUUAUAUUAAGGGCGUUCCUCAAAAACUGCAUGCAUUGGAGGUAUUCUUGACCGAGCACCCGGAAUGGAUUGGGAAAGUUGUUCUUGUUCAAGUCGCCGUCCCGAGUAGAGGCGAUGUGGAAGAAUACCAAAAUCUUCGAGCAGUUGUAAACGAGCUUGUGGGCCGUAUCAACGGCCGAUUCGGCUCUGUUGAAUUUAUGCCUAUUCACUUCAUGCACAAGAGCGUCAACUUUGAAGAACUUAUCUCCCUUUACGCCGUUUCCGAUGUUUGUCUUGUUAGCUCCACUCGGGACGGCAUGAAUCUCGUUUCUUACGAGUACAUCGCGACUCAGCAAAAACGACAUGGAGUCAUGAUUCUUUCCGAAUUCACUGGCGCAGCUCAAAGUUUGAACGGAAGUAUCGUUGUCAACCCAUGGAACACAGAGGAAUUGGCAAACGCUAUACACGAGGCUAUAACACUUCCUCCUGAUCUGCGAGAGGCAAAUCAUAAAAAGCUUUAUGAGUAUGUUACAAAGUAUACAAGCUCAUUCUGGGGUCAAUCCUUUGUCGGCGAGCUUACUGCCAUUUCUGAACAAGCCGAUAAAUCGACCCAAGUGGAUGCAAGUACAUGA